GUAUGGAGCCCUAGUGUGGGCGAUUCCAUAUGAGUCCAAUGCAAAUAAAAACCAUUAUGAUCAUUCUGCUUUGUCUGAGAUUACGAUUAUGAUUUGUCUGCUAUUAUAGCCAAUUUCCCUUUCCUUCUUUCCUCUUACACCCUUUGUCAGCUUGAGCUGUAUGGUUGAACCAAACACACAUUUCGUGAAAAGCUCCGUACUAUAUAUAUUUUCUCUUUAGCGGUAUCAGAUGCAAAUAGGCUAUGAUUACCUUGUUUUCUAUCUCAGGGACCUUUUGCUUUUGAAAGUGGCUUUUGCAGAAUGCUGAAUAAAAAUGUUGUCUUUUUCGGCAGAUAAAGAAAGUGAGAAGAGAUGUUGAUUUGGGACUUGGGAGAAUCCACCAUAGCCGAAGAACUAGAAAAAGAUUGAUUGGUAUUAUUACUUUAUUACCUGAGAGUUGAAAAUGAAUGAAAGUGGGGGGAUAUCAGCUUCAUCAUUGGCUAUCACAACAACUGAAAAGAAGCCUCAAAGAAGUGGAGGAGGCUGCGUAGCUCUCUUCUUUCAGCUCUUUGACUGGAACCGCAGGUUAGCCAAGAAGAGAUUUUUUCCCAAGAAAUUGCUUCCACCAGAUCGUUCAAACCAAGGUUCUAAGAAGUUCGGGGGAGAUGAAAAGCAGCCAAAGCUCCGUUUGAUUGCAGACGAGAACAGUGGGGGAUUUCCUAACUUUGGCAAGAGCAGCAAGUUUUAUUAUUCUGAGAAGAAGAAGGAAAUGAGGUCUCCCGGACUGGUUGCUAGGCUCAUGGGACUGGAUUCCAUGCCAGCCCUCCCAAGAGACGAUUACCCAAAGAAGGUUUCUUUGAAAGAUCAAUCUUCUGCCACUAGUAGUAAAGAGGAAAAUAAGUUUGAGGAGGGGGGAGAUCCAAUUGUUGCAAACUUAAGGCCUCAGAAGGCUCAGAAAACAGGAAUGAGUGACAGGCUGCCAGUGACUAGGUUUGGAUCCGAGGCUUUCCACAUAAAGAGUAUGCUUUCGCGGCCGAGGAAGAAGCAUCUCCACCACCCAAAGCUUGUAUCUCCCGUUAAAAGCUCAAGGAACGUCCCCCGGUCCCGGUUGAUAGGUGUUGCAAAUAAGAUUCUUGAUCCUGGAGGGAUGCAAAAGAAGGGCAGGGGCAAAUAUGUUCUUACCGCCUCAGACACUCUGCAUCCACCUUCAUCAUGUAGAAACUGCGGUCAUUCUUUUGACAUUGUGGACUCCAUACCAAAUGAAGAACAUGAAGUUUCUGGAAUUCCUUCAGAAACAAAUGUGCCUAAAGUGCCUUUAUAUUUCUCCCAUGAACAAAUAGAGAGGAGGCCUUAUCCACAAACCUCAUCUAUUGGUCUAAUGCACAAAGCCCAAAGGCAAAACCAAAUCUUUCCAGGGAGAUACACUAGAGUAAAGCAAAACCAAACAGGUCCUACCAGUGAGGCUAAAGAUUUUGUUUCGUUGAACAAAAGCUUAAAGAGGAUGCCUGUAAAGGCAGAAAGAUUUGAUUUUGAAGCCGAAAGAAAUUUUUCUAAUGGGAGAGCCAAGUCUGUAUCCCCGGUGCGAAAGAGAAGGUCUAUGAAUGUUGCUAGACAAGGCGAGAGUCCAGGGCACACAUAUGCUAGCUCUAAUCCAAUGAGUGGAAAAGACACUGAUCUAAAUGGCACAUUAAGACUGAAUGGCAGUAACAAUGCUCCAUUCACGUUUACAUCUCGGUUCAACCCGAAGACAGUGUUGCCUAGAAAAUCCACCACUGUCCUUCUCCAGGAGCUUAUAUCUGCCUUAACAGUAGAUAGACAAUUUGAAGAAGAUCGUUUUAAUGUAAGACCAAGCAAAAUCAGUGGCAUCUUUAGCCCCGCUGCCCCAACAAAGUUUAUGGACACUUCUUUUACCAGUAAAUCUUUUGUCACUGACCUUACCAACAAUGUAACUGAAGUCCUAGAAAAGACCAAGCUUUUCUAUGGGUAUUUGAGGAAAGGAAGCAAGCUAAACUAUGCAAAGGAGGUAAUUUUAAAUGCCGAACUAGUGGUUAGCAACUUUUCGAUAACACGUUUUGUUCUUGAAGAUCUUGAAACUCUAUCAUGUGUUAUAACAAUGAGGUUUAGUGACAUCCUUGGCAUUCACACUACCAGAAAUGAAAAUGUGCUUAAAAGGUUUGUCUUUGAUUGCCUUUUGGAGUUCUUGGAUUCGAAGUGUGUUUUCAAGGCGUGUGCAAAGUUACCACCUUUCACGAACGUGGAGACGUUAGUGUUUGAGAUUCUUGAGGAGGUCAAAUUGUGGAUGGGAAUGAAGGGCUGGGCUCAUGAUGAGCUGUUGGAUUGGGACAUGAGUCAUUCGUUAGGGGAGUGGACUGGUUUUGGGAUUGAUAAAGCGUUUGAAUGUGGUGCUGAAAUUGGUCAACUUAUACUCCAUAGUUUGGUUGAGGAAGUUGUAAAUUACCUCUGAAACAUUCUCCAGAAAUAUCUUAAAAAGAUUGUUUGUACAAAUGGAGCUUUCUAGUGAUUAACGCUGACUCUGAUAUGAUUCUUGGAAUUAGCAGUCAAAAGAAUUUGCAUUGUAACCAUGUAACCAUGAUCUUCAUUAAUUUGUCUCUCGGGUUUGUUUA